AAAUAGGAAAACAAAAUAAACAUUGGAAAAAUAUAUUUUGUGCGGGGAAAUUUUCAGAUCAAUUAUUCCGAAAAAUGCAAACAUUGUCCUCUACUUUUGUCGUAAUCUCAGAAGAUGACGAUGUUGAAAUGGAUGACGUUGUUCCAUACGCGCCACAUACCUUCCUAUUCCAAUACACAGACCUUGAAAAUUUUGAAGAAUUAUUCAUGAAGAUUUUGGCGUCGCCGUAUUGGCAUCCUUUAACAAACCUCAUCCUGCUCUGUGAAGGUCCGUUGGCCAAUGACGUGAUAGCGAAACUAUUCUUCAUUAUGUGGUAUCAUAAAUCAUGCAAUGCUAUUAUUGUUCAAUUUGAUGAUGCAGAGGAAGUAUUGCGAGUCACACACUACAAUCCUUACGUAAGUGGAAGCGGUCUUCAAAAUUUUGGUUGUUGGACCGCCAGGAAAAUUGGUAUUCCAGUGUCAAGCUUUGAAGAAGGAUUUGUUUGUGUUGAGGGCUGCCACAACGUGACCCAACAUUCGAAACUUCGCGCUAAUAAUCUAGGCAUCUGUAUUGCUUUCCAAACAAAUGUUAUACCUAACGGGAAUACGAAGUUAUUACAAAAAUUAAAUUUGUUGGAAGAGUUGGGCAAAAAUCUGCAUGGAUUUUCGUUAAGAGCGUACACUACAGAAGUAAAACCUUUCUUGGUUAUAGAUGAACAAGGUAAUGGCACGUACGCCCUAAGUGCUAGAGACGGAAAAGUCUGGAAUACUGCUUCGGAAGUAAUGAAUUUUUCUAUAGAUCUGUCUCCAGUCGCAAGCUCAAUCAAACUAAAAUUUGAUUUUGAACUGAACAUUCAACAGAUUUAUGGAUUUGCCCAUAGAAAGGCAGAUUUGUUCCUCAUUCCGAUUUACCAAUUCGAUUUGAUUAUCGUGGAACUCGAUCACACAUUUCCCAUCAAAGAAAGUGGCCUCUGCUUGCUGGCUCAUCGUGCUGGGUUUGAGACCAAUUUAUUCGAUUCUAAACUUUUGAAAGAUAACUAUAAGUUGAUUAUUGAAUUUGUAUUCUGUUUCGUGUGCAUGUGGAUAUUGUUUUUUAUUUACAACAUUGUCGAGAAGGAUAGAAUUAGUCUUGACCAAGCAGGAAAGGAUUUGAUCAACGUUUUUAGAAGUAUUUUGAACAUCAGCCUCUACAAGGAACCGAAAAGCAGAUCGUUUCGCAUCUACCUGACCACGUCCAUCUGGUCCUUCUUCCUGCUCAGUUUCUUUAUGCAAGCUGCAAUCAUAUCAUUCUUUAGUUCAUUUCGUCGAGGCAAGGAGGUUAACACGUUUGAUGAUAUCAUCGAAAAGGGAUACCCGAUUGAGGGUCUAGCGUCCCCCGAUUCAAUGCUUCCCGAUACUGAAGAGCGAUUUAGGAAACUGAACUCUAAACUGGUCAGUGUUCAAAACUUCUUUGAGUGUACGGAACGAAUGAUGAAUGACAGUCACCGUUUCUGCCUCAUAGAUUGUGCUGUAGGGCGUUAUUUAGAAAGAAAUAAAUUAAACGAUAAAGGCCAGCAAUAUCUUCACAUAGUAAGAGAUGACAAAUUUCAUAGCCUUUAUUUAAACAUGAUAUUUCCUAAGCACUCUCCGCUGACCAAAACGUUCAAUGAAUUGACGAUGAGAUUAUUUGAAGCAGGGCUAAUAAAGAAAUGGGAAGAAUACAGAUUUAACGAUAUUAAAGAAGAGGCCGGAAUAAAACCUUUAGGGCUCGAUGACUUAAUGGGAAUAUUUAAAUGUUACGGUUUGUUAGUAGCUUUGUGUGUGCUUGUGUUUUUCAUAGAACUAAUUAUAGGAUUCACAAAAUAUUGUGCAAAAACAAUCGCAAAAUGGAAGAGAACUCGAAUCGCUAAAAAACAAGUGAAGCUAGAGAGAAAAAAAGGAAAAAUAAAACAUAUUGAAUCAUAUACUCAAACUUAAGGUUGAUAACAUUUAAAUAGAAGAUCAGGAAGUGCACACGAAAUACUUAGAUACGCUCGUUGCAAAAGUGGGUUAGCUGUAGUAGGUACCGUCUUUCACUGGGAUGAUUUCUUUCGUCCUAUUGGUCCCGUGGGCCAAGUGGUUCUAAUAUUUUAGUCCAGAAAGUUCUAUUGCCGUUAAUACCGUUAUCGUCAUCUCACGAGC